AAUACUUCAAUUGCUUUGUAAAGAGGAUAAGUACUCGUACAUAUAUAAAGCACAAGAAAACAAAUUCUAUCGCAGUCAUUUGUUAUAUUUCGCAACUAUGGCAUCAUUAAAGACUUUGUUCAUCUUCGGAGUGCUUUUGGCACUAAUCGCUACGGCCUUCGCACAGGGUGGUAGAGGCGGAUUCGGGGGUGGUAGAAACCAAGGGGGCUUUGGAGGUGGUAGGAACCAAGGCGGCUUUGGUGGUGGUAGAAACCAGGGCGGAUUCGGUGGUAGAAACCCAGGUGGUUUUGGAGGUGGAAACCAAGGCUUCGGUGGCGGCUUUGGUGGUGGCAGAAACCCAGGUGGUUUUGGACAAGGCGGAUUCGGUCAAGGAGGAUUUGCACGAGGCUAAAUACUUACACUGAAUUGGUUUCAUGAUUACGAAUUCUAAAAAUAUGGCCAUCGAUACUUUUGAAUUAUCAUGUCUACUGCAACUGUUCUCGUUGACUCUGCUCUUUAAUAAUACCUAUGUUGUUAUGUAAAAGCUAAAAUUAAAACGAGACAACUAAUUCAAAUUCUAAAAUAGCAAACUUGUUGUAUUUUAUUGUUUUUUACAAAACGAAAAUAAAAUGUUGAAAUUGUU